CCAGCCUCCUCAUCCGCACCACCCCCCACCCCAACUGCAUCAGCUUCCUCAACUACACCACCCUCCACCUCGACCACCUCAUCAACACCAUCCUCCACCACCUCAUCCCCUACUUCAACCUCCUCAACUACACCACCCUCCACCUCGACCACCUCAUCAACACCAUCCUCCACCACCUCAUCCCCCAUUUCAACCUCCUCAACUACACCACCCUCCAUCCCAACUGCACCAUCCCCCACCUCAUCCACACCACACUUGACCUCACUCACCACAAACACACCAUCUCCAGUGACUACCAUUCAGCCCGAAGCGUCUACCACCACCCCACCUUCCACGUAUGUCUGUGGCCACGCCCCCCUGAACAACAACAGCAGCAGCAGUGACCUGGCAACUGAGGGGGCGUGGCCAUGGCAGGUGAGCCUGCAGAGAGGCGGGGUCCACGUCUGCGGGGGCUCCCUCAUCUCGCGGAGUGUCGUCAUGAGCACCGCCAACUGCUUCGACAGCGGGGCAGGUUCUUCGGCAGAUCCAGACGACCGCGGUGUCCUGCGGAAACAUCUCGUCCGCGGACAACAUCUGCACCUCAGCUGUGGACCUCCGGCAGGGCUUCGCAGGAGGCCCCUUGGUUUGCCAGCAGGCCGGUUCCUGGCUCCAGGUUGCAGUGGUAAUGAUGGAGAACAUCAACGGCACCACCAUCGGUAUCUCCAACAGCAGCAGGGCCAGCUCAUCCUCGGUGGAGGUCUUCUACAGAGUAUACCACUUCUACAGCUUCAUCGCACAGAACGUGGCAGAUCUCCCUCCUUCGACAUCCACCUCAACUUCAGCGGCUCCUUCUACUGUUCCUGGAUCCUCGGUGUCAGUGACCCCCUCCGCUACUUCCGGAACCACCGGUGGAGCGAACAAAUCCCCCUCUCUAGCUCUCUUGCUUACUGUGUCCUCACCACUCCUGUCCCUCAUGCUGAUGUCAGCCUGGAUGCCUUGACAGCUCCCUGAGCCUUUAUGUACUGGCACCACAUCCAGGCUUUGCUGCUUCACCUUGGCUUUGUUCACCUGCACCCAACCUUCUGUCCACACGGUACAUGAGCUGGCACUGCAGAGGCGGUCUAAGCGUCGUUUGGAGAAGUGAUGUGAUGCCCCCCAGUAGCAGCCUCUGGUUGAUGCCUCCGCAUUUACCUGCAUAGGCGCACACACACACACACACACACACACACACACACACACACACACACACACACACACAGAGUAUUACGAAGGAAGGAAACUUUCUGUGGCUGCCUGUUACACCACACAAAUAUGUUUGAAGAAAACAAUGUGACGUAGCUGUGCUUUAAUUCAUCGAUUUGUUUCUUUCUCAUGUGUUUUAAAAUCACCGGUUUUUCUCUUCGUAACACAGUACGUUGAAAAAUCAUUAUGAGCAACAUGUAAAACUCCACCAUAUGUAUGUCUUUCGGUGCAAGAUUUUUUCUUUUCUGUGUUUAUAUAUUUCUGGGAAAAAAAACUCUCCCACUUUGACCAAGAUUUUGGGCCCUCGGGCCUCGCUGCACUUGAGGAGAAUCGCGCCUCCGACGGCUCUCGAACGGUCCGUAGCUCGGUUCGGGCCAACGGGCGAUAAGAGGUGCGGCAGCCCGGUCAUUGCGU